AGGAUGGGCAGCGGCAUGGCGGCUAGACCACUGUGGAGCUGAUGCGGCCAGCCAACGAGCCAUGGCUCUGGGACCCUGACGGUCGGUCGGAUGCCGGUGUCCUUGGGGCCUCGAUCAUCUGCAAGUGCAAGGAGUUCAACCGGAAACAAGCUUGGGGUUGCCUCCAUCCAGUGGCGACAGGGCACCCUCCUCCCCACGUUCUCCUCCUCCGCAGCAGGUUUUCACAAUGCACUGGCUUCGUCCUCGACAGUAACAAGGCCAUGAAAACACUGAUGCGCGCAAUUUACUUUUAUCUUGACUCCGCGUUGUUGUGUCGUAUGGCAACGGUCGCAAUUUAUAGCCUUCUCGUCAUCAACAAGUCUGGUCACUUAUAUAGUACAAAAGGACUAUGGGUUGGCCUGGAGAAUGGACACCAACGGCAGUCUACAAUUUGCAAGCCACUGGCAUUUGAUGCAUGCUAUCUCGCAUCAGUUGUCCCCUACCAUUGGUUGUAACGGCAUUGAUAUCCUAGGCCUGCAGCUUCGACCUCUAGUACUUCUUCCAAUCUCU